CGCUUAACGCUCUUCAUUUGUUCUGUUCAUGCUUUGCUAGGAAUCAGUUUCACAUGCUUUCCAUGGCUGAAACUCUCACACUGUCGACACGUGUUUUAUGAUUGAAAUCGUGAAAGUUUUAGUUGACAAUUGUUAAUCUCUGUUUUAUAUUUUGAAAAUGGCACAAAUGUUCGUGCUGUUUGAGCAUGCGGCUGGCUAUGCGUUAUUUCGCGUAAGAGAAUUCGAAGACGUCGGAUCUUUCCUGCCUCAAGUUGAGCAGUCCGUCACGGAUUUAAGCCGUUUCAAUGGCGUCGUUAAAUUGGUUGCAUUUGCCCCCUUUAAAUCUGCUGCACAUGCGCUUGACAACAUCAAUUCAAUUUCCGAAGGUGUGCUCUCUGAGGAUCUUAACCUCUUUCUGGAAACUAACUUACCCAAGCCUGAGAAAAAGGGAAAGAAGGACAGCUUUGUGUUGGGUGUUAGUGAACCCAAGCUAGGUGCUUCGAUCUCAGAAAUUUUGGGUAUCACUUGCCAGCAUGCAGGUGUAAUCCCUGAAAUUGUUCGUGGCAUCAGAGUACAUUUUGCUCACCUAGUGAAAGGUUUCACUGUUCAAACUUCUGGAGUUGCUCAGCUUGGUUUGGGUCACAGCUACUCACGAGCCAAAGUUAAGUUUAACGUCCACAGAGUUGACAACAUGAUCAUUCAAAGUAUUGCAUUGCUUGACCAACUGGACAAAGACAUCAACACAUUUUCAAUGCGUAUUAGAGAGUGGUACUCCUACCACUUCCCAGAACUCAUCAAAGUUGUUCCUGACAACUAUGUCUUUGCCAAAUGUGCUCAGUUUAUUAAGAACCGCAAGGAACUGUCAGAAGAAUCCUUACCUCAGCUAACUGAAAUUGUUAAUGAUGCUGGUAUUGCUCAGUCAGUUUUAGAUGCCUCGCGCUCUUCAAUGGGAAUGGACAUUUCUCCUAUCGAUUUGAUCAAUAUUGAACGGUUUGCCAAACGUGUUGUUGCGCUGGCUGAAUAUCGUAAAGAACUGCAAGAAUACCUGAGAUCAAAAAUGCACAACAUAGCACCAAACUUGUCAGCGCUUAUUGGUGAACAAGUCGGAGCCCGUUUGAUUUCACAUGCAGGUUCUCUGACUAGCCUUGCUAAAUAUCCCGCGUCAACUGUCCAGAUUCUUGGAGCUGAAAAAGCACUCUUCAGAGCUCUGAAAACCAAAGGCAAUACUCCGAAAUACGGUUUGAUUUAUCAUUCAACAUUCAUUGGUCGCGCUGGAGUUAAGAAUAAGGGGCGCAUUUCUCGCUAUUUGGCCAACAAGUGUUCCAUUGCUUCAAGAAUUGAUUGCUUUUCCGAGGAAACUUGCGAUGUAUUUGGCAUAAAGCUUCGUGAGCAAGUAGAAGACCGACUUAAGUUUUAUGAAUCUGGAGACAUUCCUCGCAAAAAUGUGGAUGUUAUGCAGGAAGCCUUAGCUGAAGCCAAAACUGUUUUGGCUUCCCAGAAGAAAAAGAAGAAGAAGAAGAAGAGCAUCUCAGCUGAUAUUACCAUGGAUGCCGCUACUGACACUACUCUUCCAUCCGAUGGAGAAGGUAAAAAGAAGAAGAAGAAGAAAAGUAUCUCUCAAGAAGAUGUCGAAGCCAUGGACACUUCACUUCCACUAAAUGGCGAAGGCAAGAAAAAGAAGUCUCGGGAUGAGAAUGGAAAUGGCGAUGCUAAACUUGACGAAUCUGUAGGUUUAGACAACAGCGUAAGUGAAAAGAAGAAGAAGAAAAAGAAGAAUAAAGAUGCCGAAACUACACUGGAUCAAUCAGCAAUGGAUGAAGAUGAUGAAGGAGCCUCACCGUCAAAGAAGUCCAAAAAGAAGAAGAACGCUGCCUAAUGAAUGUCUUUCUUUACCUCGGCAAUUCCUCACAAUCUGUUGACCUUGUGAAACAGCUCACUAUUUUAGUUUUUUGUAAUGAUGUAAUCGGAAUCAAUACAAUUGGGCUAAGGUCACAAAAA